CAGAAGAUUGUGACUGAAUUUCAGCAACUGCAGCAGUUCCUGGAGGAACAAGAGCGACUCCUGCUGGCCCAGCUGGAGAAGCUGGAUGAGGAGAUUGUGAGGAUCCAGAAUGAAAAUGUCAGUAAACUCUCCGAGCAGAUUUCCCGUCUCAGUGAGCUGAUCAGUGAGCUGGAAGGGAAGUGUCAGAAGCCAGCGAGUGAAUUCCUGCAGGAUGUCAGAACCACC